AUGAACUUAAUUAGAACUCUUUUUGAUUCUGGUUCCAAUGAGGAACUAAUGAGUCUAUCCUCUGGAGAAUUUUUGUUACUUAGAUCUUUUAAGUCACCGAAGUCAUCUGUUGAGUAUAUAUUCAGCGACGCGAUGAUUUGUGUGAAACGGUGUGGUCAGUAUGAAUACUUAUUAUGUGUGGAACGCCAAGAUAUUGAAAGUGAAGACAUUAGUGAUGGAGAUUCAGAGGACAUUUUACCCGAUGAGAUGAGCCUACUAUCGGCAACAUCGAAAAAGGACGACACUUGGUCCUUUAGAAUUGAAAAAGGUCUGCAAUUAGUGAAAUCCUGGAAUGCAGAAAGGCGGCCAGUAAUUAUAUGGAAUAAUACAAGGGGUGAUGAUGGCGACCAAUUCGAAUAUAUCAUUGAAGACACUAUUCCGUUAUCGGAAAUUGACAAAUUCUACAAACUCAUUAAAUUAUGUACCUAUGAAGUGGAAUAUAGGAAGCCAAGUGAACAGGCAACUAGAGAUGAGUUAUUAUUAUUUAUGAAACCAGAGGAAUUAGAUGUUUCUGAUUCAUAUUCUUUCGCUUUUGACGACAGUAAAUUGAUACAUAGUCACAUUGGAAUACCGACAGACCGAGAUUCCACUUUACAUUCGGAAAGUAGCAAAGAUACAUCUUUAUCAGUAGGAAGAUUUGCUGAGCUUCGAGGCUCCAAACAUUCAUUAUUAGGUGAUACAUAUAGAAGUUAUAUUCGCCCAGAUUCUAUUGGAAGGGAAACGGAAGACGGUUCUGACUAUUUUGAAGGCUAUGAUAAUGAUGAUAACAAUGAGGAUAUUUUACAAUAUGCCAAUAGUUUAAAGAAAUAUAAGUAUGGAGAGGCUGAUGAAAAUGGUUAUGAAAGCUACGACGAUGAUGAAGAUGAUGAGGAAGAUGCUGAGGGGAUAUUCGUAGAUGCAAAGGAAUAUAUUACGGAUUGA